UUUCACUACACGGAACCGAUAUUUUUAGUUUUGAGUCGUUAUUGAACGUAUUGAUCGUUGUUUUAACGACUCAAAUCGUUAAAUAUGUACAGAAGUGCAAUUCACAAAGGUUUUUUAGACAGUUAACGAUCGCUAAGCAAUCGUUAAAUAAGCACCUCCCUGAGGGUGGCGUUAUGACAUUUCCCAGGCGAUAUUUCAUUUGUUGAGAGGAAUUUUUUGGCGGUUCAGGCUUGUAGUCAAUUUUGUUAGGAGUUUUGUGCAAGAUGGAACCAUUUGGAUGUGCUCUAUUUGAACUGAAACUGAUCCAGAGGCGAAGAAGGACACGUCAGAAUGUCGUUCAGAUAGAGAAACGUGUAUUCCGUUCACGUACCUUUUUGGAUCAAUUUACUGAAACCCAGGUGAUAGCCAAAUUCAGAUUAUCCUCUCCCAUGAUACAUUCCCUGUAUGAUGAAAUACACUUGGCCCUAGAAACACGCACGCGGAGAAGUAAUGCAGUACCAGGUCUUGUGCGUUUUUUGGCAGUACUUCAUUUUUUAGGAAAGGCCUCAUACCAACAUGUCAGUGGUGAGAUUGUUGGCAUCUCACAACCCAGUUUUUCCCGCUGCUUGGUGGAGGUCCUGCAAGCACUGCGACAACUUGCUCCAAAAUACAUACACAUGGGCAAGUCACGUGAAGAGCGGGAUCAAAUUAAACGUGGUUUUUUUGACCUAGCAGGAAUGCCCAAUGUCAUUGGGGCAAUAGACUGCACCCAUGUGCCAUUAUGUCCCCCAUCAGAACAGGAGCACAUCUACCGAAACCGUAAGGCUUACCAUUCACUCAACAUCCAGGUGAUCUGUGAUUCAAACCUCAUAAUCCAUGAUGUUGUCACCGGCUUUCCAGGAUCCUGUCAUGAUGCCCAUAUAUUGCGCCAAUCGGGAAUAUAUGAUACUCUGGACAAGGACUUAGAAAAUAAUGGAUGGCUGCUGGGAGAUGCUGGUUACCCCUGUCUACCAUGGCUCUUAACACCUAUCAACAGGCCAUCCUCUCCUGCAGAAGCAGCUUACAAUGUUGCUCAUACCAAAACACGAGUGGUUAUCGAAAGAUGCUUUGGUGUCCUAAAGAGCCGUUUCCGUUGCAUGUCCUUGUCUGGUGGAUUCCUUCAGUAUUCCCCCAGUAAGGUAGCUGAUAUGUUCCUAGCAUGCAGCAUUCUCCAUAACAUUGCAAGGCAUGGAGGACUACAAGAGGAACUAGACACCACAGUGGAGGAUGACAUGCCCACAAUUCCAGUGGAAAAUGAUCACAGGGGAAACGCAGCAAGAAGUAAACUGAUUACAAACUAUUUUUCAGGUUAACCCAACUAUAAAAACUUUGGAGAAAUAACAUAAAAUUAAGACAGGAGUACAAAAAUUGCCAAAAAAUGAAUCUUUAUUUUGUUUUUGUAUUUUUACUUU